AUGGUGCAAUUGGCUUUGGAACCUAAACAGACUCGAACACACAUUACACAAGGAAAACCCGACGAAAAACGAAGGGAUGCUCGGGAAGAUUAUUGCUCAGGAUGUCGUCGAAAGAAGAGGAAUUCGCUUGUUUCUCUGAGGGAAACGCAUGAGAGUAAAAAACCCAUGGCGAAAGAAAUACAGUCGCAGAAGGUCAUCGAUGCAAAAACAGCUGUUGUACAGACUCGGAGGAAUAGCCCGUUGAAGGAAAGCUGUGCAAAAUGUCUCGAAUCACAAGAUCACGGACUUCUUCCCUGUUCUCCGAAUUUCCCGAAAAACAGCCAACAGUUGGAGGAAAAAGAGAAGUAUACUUUGCGCGAUGCCACACACAAUUUGACCAAUGAGCCGCUCCUUGAAGUCUGUAUAAAGAAAGGAAAGGACUACAAAGGAGAUAUGAUGGACUACAACUCAGCGAAGCUUCGCGAAGAAGAAUAUGCAGAAGAUCCAACCAUUGGUUCUUACAUGUACUUCUUCAGAUACAAAAAGUCAACUCAUCAACCACAGUGUCCUCCGUCCUAA